AUGUCAGCCGUUGGCAAGAUUGCAGACCUGUCCGCGAACCUUAGCAACAAUCUCAAUCUACUAAAUAUCAAAGUCGACUUUUCACAUUCUGACUUCUCCCUUUGGAAGUGCUCGGCUCCGAAGGAGUUUUCUGCAGUGGGUGCAGCCUUGUCGUCCCAGAGGAAGAGCAAUGCGGAAGAUGGUCCAACUCACAAGACUGCUCGAAGGCUGGGCGGUCUAUUUGAACAGCUGAUUCCUUCCACCCCCAAACUCCUCAAGGCUUAUGGGUUGCGAUCAUCAGAAAUAAUUGGAACACCCGGCAUCAAUCCCAAAGGCACCGAUAAAGAUGGCCCUUUUGAAGAGUAUGUCGGGACUGAUUGCACCACCCUAUGGGCUGCCGCAACCUCAGGCCCGGCUUCCCUUGGAAUCCAGUUGUUAUCUUGCAUCCUUGCAAGAGCCUGGCCUGCUGAUAAAGCUACCUCGAUCUGGGUUGAGAUUGUUGCCGAGAGGCAGGCGGAGGUCGUGGCUGCGGUGAACGAGAAUUGUAUAAUUUCCACUUCUACACUCGUUGCUGCAAGACAGGACAUCUCGAGGUCGGAACUUGCAAAUUGGGAUGCGAGCGUCAGAUCUUGGCUUCGACAGGCUGAUCAGAUUAAACGAACUGAUCACAAUCAGUUCCUUCUAAUCAUCAAGAAUGUUGCAACUCCUUUCGUCACCAGCAAAUCCACCUAUUUGUCAGUCAUCGGCAGCUGGACGAAAUCAAUGUGUUGCAUGGAAAAACUUCUUAAUGACGAGCCCCAGCAAGUAUCCGAUAGAGCUGUACUCCUCGCACUCUCUGCUUGGCAUCUGUACCCUGAUCUAGUCGUAUAUGGAGAUGAAGCAACGAAUGUGAAGUUCCAUGAUCGUCUCACCCCUGAGCACGCAAUUGUCACCCUCGGACUUGGGGUGAUGAGAGCGGAUUGUGAUGAUGGUGGUGUACGAUGGUCUUUGGCACUGUCUCAUCUACGAUACUACGGAGAUCCUGUCAAAGUCACUAGUAACGAAGACAUCUCUCGUGUAUCGAUUAAUCAGCUUGAAGCAGUAGUGCUGGGGGUGGUAUUUGGUUCCUGGGGCCUUGCGAAGGCAGAUAUGAUUGACGCCGCGCGAUGGGUAAAAGCAUUGUGGGAUUACUUGCAAACCUCAAUCCCGCCUGAGAAUACCAGUCUUCGAUUCGGCAUACGGUGGAUGUCAGUCCUUGCUAGUGGUGCUGUAUACAUUACUGAGCUACCGGAUUCAGAAUUGAAAAAUGGUACGGCACUACUUGGCUAUGGAGCGCGUCGAGCGGGUAGAUUUAUCUGUGAUGAUCAUAUGCCUCGGGGUUAUCAAACUCCUUUCUUUGGGCUCCUUAACAGAUCGAUUUCGUCAUCACUAUCGGAGAAGUAUGAUAUUGACCGAGGGGUCCAUUAUCUGCGGGGGCUUGCAGGAUCAAUUGGACUCCAGAAUGACGAGGCUUUCAUUAGCUUCUCGAUAAAUUUUGGGAAGAUUUGCUACUACGAAUAUGCGACGGUGACUCCGCAUCAUCAGCAGCUUGAUGGACCACUCCAGGACUCGGCCAUCAAAACGACACAUGGAAGGUGGAUCCAGGCCACAACUUGUUGGGAAGCCAAAAUGAAUCCCUACCAGAGCGUUUUCUCUAAUAAGGAGCCUCCAAUUCGUUUUAAACCCCUUUUCCAGUCCCAGGCUUCGUGCCAUUGCGUAAAUGAAAUAUGUGGGGUUAAUUGCCCUUGCAGUGUAAACGGGGUUGCUUGUGGCACUGGAUGCCAUUCUUCAUCUGCUCGACAAUGCCAAAAUCCUAUAGAUAUCAGUUCCCGAAUUGAGUAUCUUGUGGAGAAAGGAGAGACAUGCCACUUACCUUACAACCUCCAACUCCACCCAGGCAGGGAAACACAAAGUACACCAGUUCGAUCGUUUUGUUCUCAGUGUUGCGAAGAACAGAUGCCCAUACCUACUAUUCUUCGGCGAGGUGAUGCAGGAAAUCAAAUCUGUUGGAUCAACCCGCCGAAAUUAUUUAGCAAACGAACAAGCCCAUCGACACUACUCAGCGAUUGUCCAGCCGGCGGUAACUGCCAGUGCUUCGAUUGGACCCCGUUACCCUUCCAAAACAACCCUGAAGCACACAAUAUAUACCACAUCCGACGAGAAAAGGUCAACUUCCGCCGCGUCCUCCAAUUCCCAGGCGACGGGUAUGCAGGUGGUGGCUUCGAAUUAUAUAUCAGAGACUGGGAAGACGGAAAGGUAAAUUUCGAGCAUCAGUACUACAACGAUCGCCUUGAAAAAGCAAGAAAGAGUAUAGAUAGUGUUAAGGAGGGUCUUCAAUUAUUCCAGAGCCGAAAUCUAGAACCCUCGAAUGUCUGGAGAUUCCUUAACAGGGUUAGGCUCAAUGAUCCUCUCACUGAAGCCGAAAGAGCGCCAAACCCGCCAGUUGAAGGGACAUACGAUCACAACUUUGAUCUAACCUACAAUCGCCUUUGGGCCGCAAAAAUGAUGUCCUUAGUUAACCUCCCAUUGCCCAGCCUUCCGUCAGUUCAAUGGCAUCAUUCCCUGAAGGCGCUUCAAUCAGCUGCCUUAAUCUACGAGAGACUUCCAAAUGCGACAAUAUCUCUCGAGAUUGUGACCCAUCCCAUUUUAAAUGGCCAUUGGGCACCAGGGCCAUCCAUAUAUCCAGAGGACGGGAUGAGACGCCAGAACACUUUUGCAUGCGUUGUUUUGUUUGAGACUGGCCAUAUCAAUUUGACUCCACUUGACCUUGAACCCGUACUUGCAAUAAGCAUUGACAACUCAAUAUAUGUUGCUGGGGAGCUCUUGUCAGAUCCUUUUGACUACGUCACGGGCUAUGAUAUCCGUCACAUAGUAGGGAACAUCGGCCAUCCAGGAGUGAGUUUGAUGAUUGGACCACAGUCCCCUCGAGUCAGGAGUUUGAGUGAUGACUGGCGACUUGUGCAACACGAUUCAUAUGACUUGAAAAGGGAGGACAAUUUCAAGGGGACUUCGUUACAUUUGUCAUUUACCAAAUGGAAAGUACCACUGCCGACGACCAAUCCCGGCUCUAUCGACCAAGAAGUGCAUUUCCUCGAGUCCGUGAUCUCUCUGUGUGACCGUGGGGAGUGGAUAGCCGACUUGGACAUACUAGGCCUACACAAGAUGAAGCCGGAGCGAGUGGAUGUGGAAUGUACUUGUGAAGGUCCCACACCAAACCAGGAAGCUUGGUUGCAAAAGAUCAUAUCUCUCGACAAUUGGGAAGAGACUCUGGACCUACCUUCUUCACUUAGCAUUGUUCGAGCACAUGGCAACUGGGCCACACGGUUGGCUGCUGUUUCACUGCUGAGUCAGAAGGGCCUGGGUUGUAGAAUCGGUAUUAUAGGGCCACGGAAAAUCUGCUGGGAGAAGAUUCACAUGAGAUCUUUUCUUCGCGAUGAUAUGAGCUUCCUCGUACUCGUUGAUUGA